AUAAUAUAUAAUGAUCCAAAAAUGGAAUUCAAAUUCGGCAAGCUUCCGAGUUAUCUAGACCCCCCAGUUCCGUCGAAGAAGACGACACAGAGUCCCCAUUCCAGAGAGAGAGAGAGAGCGAGGGAGAGAGAGGAGAUGAGAAUUGCUGAUGUCCUCCGUGAACGCGACGACGAAGACGACGGUGGUAUAUCCGGCGACAAUCUUUUCUCAUGUUUCACGAGCAAGAGCCACCAUGCUUCGCCGACCAACGCCGCUUGCUCUUCUUCUCGGUUUCUGCUGUCCAGAUGGUUUCGCAAUCGUCGGAAGCGUGUACCAGCCAUUUCAGACGGAGAAAGUGGGGUUCCUCGGCCGGCGGCUGGCGGGAUUGUAUCCGGAAGAGUGGAUUCCGGUAGUAAGAGAUUCACGGAGAUGGAUUUAUCUUCAGGAAUCAAACCGAAUGAGAUUGCGUUCAAUUUAGGGAUGGGAAUCGGCAUGGCUUUUCUUCUAGCUGGGAGUUCUAAUGAGAUGAACAAGAUGGCGGAGCUGAGGAAGCAGAUGGAAAGUUUACUGAAAGAAAUUAAAGGUGAAGUUCAGAGGAGAGAUGAUAGCAGCUUUUAUACUCUAUCAGAUGCUGGUGAGAAUGAGGUCAGCACAGCUAUUUCUAUAGAACAGCAUUUCACUGAAUCUGACAGAAAAAAUUAUGAGCCGGUUAACAGUUUGAGAGCCAUGGAUGAGUUGGAAGAGGAGCUUCAAGUCGAGCUCGAACGGAUGGAGCGAAAUUUUGAAGGAGAAGAUGAUGGAAAGCAUGGAAUGGAGUUGGAGGGAAAGAAGGUAGAUUUGUCAUCUGGAAGUACUUCUGCAGCUUGGUAUGACCACAUGCCUGAUGAAAAUGGUGAGGAACAGCAUGGGGUUUGUGCAUAUGAUUUAGAGAGAAGAUUGCAUGAGCUUCUUCAAACAAGACAGCAGGAGAGGAUAGAAGCUUUAGAGUCUGCACUGAAAUCUGCUCAGAGAAAGCUUAAUGAGAAAGAAGAUGAGUUACUCUGCUGGAGGAAUAAUAAUGGAGGAAUUAUUCCUGAAAAUGAAGAGAAUUAUUUUUCAUUGAGCUUUGAAAGUAGCCAAUUUAAAGAAUUAUAGAUGUAAAUUUAAAUUGCUGUAAUUAAAUUUUGCACUUUUAUGCCCAUGAUGCAUCCAUUUACAUCUCUUU